UCUACCAGCUACCGCUACAAUUGAUUGAUAUAAAUCACAGGCCAUACCCACAAAAGAAGUGUAUAUAUAUAUAUAUAUAUCAGUAGUUACAGUUAAUCUUAGAUAGUAUUAUGGAGAUGGCAUUCUGCACUUUUCUUUGCAUUCUAAUUCUCUCCACUUUGCUAAUUACACCCGGCUGUGCUUCUCUGCAAACUCAACUUCUACCAUCGAACAAACAAGCUGCAGCGAAGAACGAACUGCAAGUUUCUCUCCCUACACUGCCAAGAAAACUUAGGUUCACUGUUAAAGUAACUGUUGCAGAACAAGAAGCUAAAGAUUACUCAGCCUACAGCAACCAUAAGGAAAAUGCUUUAGCAGGUGGUAAGAAGCCAAGAACCCAGAAAGAAGAUGAAAAAGUGCAGGUAGUGGAAAGAAGCAGAUCAGCAGAAACAAGGCAAGAACAGAUGGAGAAGGAGGACACGCCAGAGUUCUUCACAAUGGAUUAUCAGAGUGUAAGACGACGAAGUCCCAUACACAACUCCUUCCCUUCAUUUUCUCCAUGAAACAUGCAUGCCUGUUGCCUGUUGCCGUGGACAGAUACUGAUAGAAAUUAGAACAAAGCACUUUGGAUACGUUAAUGCUAGGGUUUGUAAUUAGGGAGGAAAAUGAGGAGUGUGUGUGUGUUUUUAAGCAUCUCUUGUGGCCGACAUUAAGGAGCAAAACCCAAGAUUUGUUGCUAACUAGGACGAGGUCCCCAAAUUAAAUUAUUAAUGUUGUUUUUGUGGAGUUGGUAGGUCUUUCGAGUAGUCAAAUGAGGGCUACAAACCCCAACAUUUGGUAACAUGCUCUCACGGGAAUUGCAAACUAUAUAUUAUAGUUAAGUAUUUAUUUAUA